CCGACGCGUACAACUCCGUGCGUCUCGCUCCUGGGACAAGAUUUAAAAAAAAACAAACAUUUAACGGACCUUGAUCACGAACAAACCUUUACAAUGAGUUAUUGACUCUCUCUUUUAGUCACAAGUCACCGAACUCCCUGGACGAAAUAUAUCCAAAUUAACGUUCUUUAAUUUUUUUGAAUUUCCUUUUUGACUGUUGGACUUGGUUGGGGAUAUGUGUGUCGGUUGUUUUUACUUAAUGUAAUGUGGAUGUUACCUGUGUCCGUGGCUGUGGCUGGAGGAUGAGCGCCGGCGUGGGGGUGACAGGGGACGCGACAGUAACUCAUAAUAUGCAGUCAAGCCUGUAGGGUAGACCAGGCUGGGCCCCAUGAUGAGUUGAGUCCCCCUCCCCCACCCCUCCUCUCCCAGCGUAGCCAGGUGGGAUGUUCCAGAUGUGUGUCCUCUUAUCUCUGCUCACCCUCUCUGGCUACACCCAGGUCUCCUCGGCUAAAUCUCUGAAGCUCCUGAUGGAACAAUGGACGAGCUACAAGAACCAGUGUUCUCAGAGCAUCGUCGCCACGCCUCCCGCCACAGGACUGGUGUGUAACAGGACGUUUGACCAGUAUGCCUGCUGGCCAGAUGGACUUCCUGGAACAACAGUCAAUGUUUCCUGUCCAUGGUACCUGCCCUGGUACCGCAAAGUCCAGCAGGGUGUGGUGUAUAGAGUGUGCAGUGGGGACGGUCGCUGGGCCCCAAAGAACACCAGUGAGUGUGAGCAGGACGACCCAGGACAGCAGCACUAUGGUAGCAUCCUCAGUAAGUUCCGGGCCAUGUACACAGUGGGCUACUCCCUCUCCCUCGGAGCCCUGGUACUGGCUUUGGGCAUCCUGGUAUCAUUCAGGAAGCUCCACUGUAUGAGGAACAACAUCCAUAUGAAUCUGUUUUCCUCCUUCAUCCUGCGUGCUGUCUCCAUCCUGAUUAAAGAUGUCCUGCUAGACUCCCUGUCCGUCCCCCUGGCCCCCGGGGCUGACACCCACCAUCAGACGGUUGCCGGGUGCCGUAUCGCCAUGGUGAUGAUGCAGUACAGCGUCAUCGCCAACAACUAUUGGCUGCUGGUGGAAGGCAUCUACCUGCACAGCCUCCUGGUCGUCACCGUGUUCACUGAGAGGAACUACUUCUGCAUCUACCUGUUUAUCGGCUGGGGUGCUCCUCUGAUAUUCGUGUUGCCGUGGGUGAUAGUCAAAUACCUGUACGAGAAUGAAGAGUGCUGGGAGAGGAACAUCAACAUGGGUUACUGGUGGAUUAUACGUUCUCCCAUCCUGUUAGCUUACCUGAUGAAUUUCUUUAUCUUCAUCCGGAUUAUAAAGAUCCUGAUGUCGAAGCUCAAGGCCCAUCAGAUGAGAUACACAGAUUACAAGUUCAGGCUGGCUAAAUCCACUCUGACCCUCAUCCCUCUGCUGGGUAUUCACGCCAUCCUCUUCACCUUAGUCAUCGAUGAGUCCGUCCCCAAAGGUUCCAAGAUGCGUCUCAUCCGCCUCUUCUACGACCUCCUCUUCAACUCCUUCCAGGGACUACUGGUGGCCAUCUUGUAUUGUUUCGUCAACAAAGAGGUCCAGUCUGAGAUGUUGAAAAAGUGGAAGAGGUGGAAGCUGGGUAAAGACAUCGAGGAAGAGUACCGUCAUACAUACAGCCACGCACCUCACGUCAAGAGCGGCAGCAUCGUCACCGGCAACCUGGCCGGUGUCCAAGACAACGGCAGCGACCCUAAAGACUCACAGUUGACCCCCAACCCCGACUACGACCCAGAUCCUAACCCUGCCUCAACCUCCAUCACCCCCAAUGAGAGCAGUAGAUUGGUGGGGUCCUGCCACAACAGGACGGAUAAAACAAAGACUCAAACCUCCCGGCAGUGUCCCUCCACACCACAUGGUGGCACUAACAACUGCAGCACUCUGAUGGAGGACAUUUGUCUGGAGGAGAGGGCUCAGAGUUAUACACGCCCAGAGGAGGGCGCCGAAAGCAACUUCUGACCAACGGGGGAAGACCAUCCCCGGCCUAUUGAUUGAUUGGUUGAUUGAUAGAUUGCUAAAGUGUUCUGGUGUAGAAAGAGACAACACUGGACGGGACCGUUAAUGCACUGCAGGUCCAGAUCCUAUGGAUUGAUUGAUUGAUUGAUUGGUUGGUUGGUUGAUUGAUUGAUUGAUUGGUUGAUUGGUUGGUUGAUUGAUUGAUUGAUUAAUUGGUUGAUUGGUUGGUUGAUUGAUUGAUUGGUUGAUUGCAGGUCCAGAAGACUUGAUGGUCUGAAAAUAUGAAACAUUUUACUGUUUAUUUUUCUGUGACCAUAUUUUGACCCCACGGGAUUGACCACAUUCCCCACUGUGUUCAGGUUGACAAGGACUACUGCUGAAGGGAAACUAGCAGACCUGCUAGCUGUGUUCAGGUUGACAAGUACUACUGCUGAAGGGAGACUAGCAGGCCUGCUAGCUGUGUUCAGGUUGACAAGGACUACUGCUAAAGGGAAGCUAGCAGGCCUGCUAGCUGUGUUCAGGUUGACAAGGACUACUGCUGAAGGGAAACUAGCAGGCCUGCUAGCUGUGUUCAGGUUGACAAGGACUACUGCUGAAGGGAAACUAGCAGGCCUGCUAGCUGUGUUCAGGUUGACAAGGACUACUGCUAAAGGGAAGCUAGCAGGCCUGCUAGCUGUGUUCAGGUUGACAAGGACUACUGCUAAAGGGAAGCUAGCAGGCCUGCUAGCUGUGUCCAUGUGUACGACCGCUAACCAAACGCUACCCUCGCUCAACAACUCCCUGGCUGUGCUCCGGGUUCUCCUUCCCUUUUCUAGAAGUGCACUAGCACCCCCGUCAAUCAUUUAAAGCGUAGGAUUGGUGUAGCUUCACAUUGGCUGGAGGUAAUUACCCAACAUUUUCAAAUUCAUGUGAGGAAGUCCACACCGUGUGUCCCUGUUCUCUACUGCUACUGAGAGCUUCACUUGUCCUCUAUGUCUUUGUGAGUGUGGCCCAAACGGAGCACUAUUCCCUAUAUAGUGCACUACUUUAGACCAGAACCCUAUUGUAUAUAGUACACUACUUUAGACCAGAACCCUAUUGUAUAUAGUACACUACUUUAGACCAGAAC